CUGUGGGCUGGAGACUUGGGGGGUCCUGGGGGCGGAUCCCUCUUCCAGCCCCGCCUCUUUUCCAGCCACGCCCCCUUUGCUCCCCAGGCCCCGCCCUCGUUGUGGGGGGAGAGCUGCGGCCACGCGCGCCCAGGACGCCCCGCCCCGCGAGCGUGUCGGCUGACAUCACCCGGCCGCGCGCCCCGCCCCCCACGUGUGGCCCCACGCUCUAGCGUUAUGUAACGGCGCCCCCGCGAGGUCGCUGCUCCUCAUUGGCCGUGACGCGCGGUCGAGGCCGCUGCUGAUUGGGCGGCUUGCGACGGGGCGGGGCUCCUCGUGGCCCGGUCGUGCGGCGGGGGCGUGGCCAGAUCUCCCUUCCUCCCCCCGCGAGGAGCCCCGUGUGGCCACAUGGGUGGGCGUGGCCGCGGCCCCGCCGCUCCCAGCCAAUCAGCGCGGGACGAGGACCGCGUUGGGCAGCGCCGGCCCCGCGCGAGCCAACGGUGGCCAAGGGGCGGGGCGGGGCCCGGAGCCUCCGCCCUCUGCCGCGGGCGCAGCGGCCAAUGGGCGGCGGGGGGGCGGGGCCCAGCGGGAGGCACGUGCGGCCGCACACGUGUCCGCGUGGGGCAGCGGCAGCCGGGGCGGAACCGGCACCGGAGAGCGGGACGGCAACGGGGACACCGGGACGGGAACCGGGACACCGGGACAGGAACCGGGACAGCGGCACCGGGACAGCGACGGAGGCGCCAGCACAGAGACACCGGCACCGGGACGGGGCCACCGGCAGCGCCGCCGCCGGGAGCAGGCCGGGUGGUGGCACCGCAGGAGCUGAACCCAUGGAGUCCCGGCCCCGCGCCUGCUCCUGCGGCUCCCGCAGCCCCCCCAGCCCCCCCAGCCCGGGGGGCCCCGCCCGCAGCCCCCCCAGAGCCCCGCGGACCCGCAAGCGGCCGGGGGGGCCGGACGGAGCCCCCCCCGACUCACCCCCGUCACCCCGGGGGGGGAAGCGGCCCCGGAAGGGGGACGGGCGAGACGCCCCCCCCAGCGACGCCGAUCUUCUGUUUGCCCAAAAAUGCCGGGAGCUCCGCGGGUUCAUCCGCCCCCUGGCGGAGCUGCUGGAGGGGCUGAAACGGGGGCGAUACGACAGAGGGCUCAGCAGCUUCCAGCAGAGCGUGGCCAUGGACCGGCUGCAGCGCAUCAUCGGCGUCCUGCAGAACCCCGAGAUGGGUGCCCGGUGCCUGGGGACGCUGCUGCAGGUGGAGCCGAUGCUGCGCGGCUGGUUCCCCCACGUCACCCCCCAAAAACCGCCCCAGGAGCCACCGCCCCCCCCCGCCGCCCCCCCGCUCCCCCCGCGCCGCCGCCCCCCCGCCGGUCCCCCCGGGGUCCCACGCUGCCGACACCCCCCCGGGGACACGGCGGCGCCCGCGGGGGGACACUCCCGGUGCCACCGGCCCGGGGCCCCCGCGGCCCCCCCGGCGCCGGAUGCCUGACCCGACCCCCGCCAGGGGGCGCUCUCCUGCUUUUCCUCAGUUUUGCCUUUUUCUGGAUGUUUUAUUUUUUAAUUGUGGACAGUGCAACCUGCGGGCGGGUGGGGGGGCAGAGACCCCCCAGGGAGCCCCAAAACCCGGGGGGGACACGUGCCUUUGCGGGGGGGGGAGGGGUCGGGAGGGGUGGCUGGUUCCCACCCCCGUGUGCCUGUGGCCCCCAGCCCCGCGUGGGGCUGCCCCACGGCUCGGCCCUGCUGGACCAAUAAACGCCGCGGGAGCGGCCGGGGCCGCCUGUGCCGGUGUCGUUUGUCACUUGGGGGGGGGAUUUGUCCCCUGGCGGGGGAG